AAGUAUAUGCAAUGAAUGCAGAUAUAGCUAUUCAAAAUGAAAAUUUUGCUCUAAAAGGUUUGAAUGCAUCUUGUUCUAAGGUAGAUGCUUGUGAGCCAGAGGGUGUGAAAAUUGACAGUUUGGAAAUGUCACAGUUGAAGCAAGUUAAUGAACACCAUCAGGCUUUGGUUGCAUGUUGUGAGGGAUCUGUGAGUGAUGAGCCAGAUAUGAAUAUAUCAGUUGAUAUGGAAAAAGAACAACCGUAUGGUUUUGAUUAUGAAUCAGAUGGCAAUCAUGCUUGUACUAUACAUACUGAUGUGGAAGGUAGGCCCUGUAGCACGGAAGAUGGUGAUUAUGAAGAUGGUGAGGUGCGGGAGCCAAUAUUGCAGUCAACAAAAGAAAAUACAAUUGCUUUGGGAACUGAUUCAAAACAAAUUAUUGAUUCUGACAUUCAUGCUAUGGAUGCUUCAACCGAUGAUAAUAAUGUCCAAUCUGGUUGUGAUGAAAAAGAUGAAACUACCAUGAUUUAUCAUGAUGUAAUUAAUGAUUCUUCAAAAGAGUGUGGCUGCGGCACAAUUUGUGAUAAGAUAGUUGAUCAAGUUUUGGGAAAAGAUGGUUCUUUGUCGACCUCAAUAUCAGAAAAUGUGCCAGCAACAUGCUCUUAUGACUCUAUGCCUGUAAAUGAUACUGAACAGAUACAUUUUGAUCAAGCAGGAGCAAUAGAUAAGUAAGAGGAAAAUAUAGAGGGUGUUUUAUGUGAUGGAUCAUUAGUUGCAAGCAAUGAUAUGAGAGUAAUUGUUACCAAGAGAGGAUGCCAAUGGAACUAACGAAGCAGAAAAGUUAAACUCCAGUUUGGCCAAUGCUGAAACACCUCUAAAUGGUAAUAGUGCUAAAGAUUCUAGUGCAAUUAAGAGCCGGAUUAUCAAUUUGCCUCGGACUUCUAAUUCCACUUUCCCUAGUAAAGACAUAUCUGUCAUGGGUAGACCAUUGUCAUCACGAAGUGGAAGGGAAGGAUAUUUUGAUGCUCAGGAUGAGAGAUUACAUCUUAGUGGGAAUCAGUGAAUAUACUUUUUAGCUGCUGAUGUUUCUUUAAUCUGUGUUUAUUUUUAAUUUUUUAAAUGUUUAAUGACACUUGAUUUUAUUCUUGCUCUUUUCAGAUGUGAAAUGUACACUGAUGGUUCAAAUACAUAUUCCAGAGAGAGAAUUCGAGAUCGUCCUUAUUAAAGCUCCAAGGUAUGUUUCAUGCGUGGAAGAGGACGGGUUUCGGCCCAGUUUGGUAGGUCACACCGUGACUGGAAUUCUGAGCGUGAUUUUAGCUUUACUCGGCGGGAUGAUUACUAUUUUCCUAGACAUAAGCGUGUUGCUGCCAUUGAUGAUGCUGAAGUUGAACAGAAUGACUUUGAUAUUGCACCAAAUGGAGCUGUUAUGGGUCCAAGUAGAGGAAGGAAA